AUGUUAUGCACUAACAUCGCCACCACUCUAGGGCAUCUGGACGAACAUUCAAGGAACGUCAUUAUGGGCCAUGCACGGAGCGGUACAUUCGCUUACUAUGUCUCUGUGAGAGACGAUACUCAAUUUGCCUUCAUGGAGACACCUGCCCGAGAUGCUUUACUCAAGCUUGCUUGCAACUCAAGCCUCACACGGGAUGCAUCCGCACCUCAGGAUCUCACAGAGCCCCAAAAGAGGUCCCUUGAGUACGACCAGGAGCUCAAUCGAUUGAAGCGAGAAUGUCAAGGGAUUCGAAGCGACCUAAUUGCAGAAUUUCAUCAAUUGAAUAAAGCAAGAUGUGCUGACCCUGGGCGAUAUAACGCAAAUCGCAACCUUCAAAACAAAGUCAAGGCCCGACGAAAGAAAAUUCACGAUGAAGCAAAAGAAAAAGUCCGCGCAGAGUUUUUUGAGAACAUUGGGAACCAUAUCAUUGAUCAAAAUUAUCAAGGCAACCCUAUGAAAUUCGAACCGGACAUGUCGCAUAUACAGCCGGAAAGAAAGGAGCUCGCGGAUCUUGAAUUCAAGAACAGAGAUGUCGACACCGUUGAUGAUGCAGAGUUGAUUGAAGACCGGAUCCGGUCACUAGAGCUACGACUACGGCUUCAUGGACUCCAUGUACCGAAGGCCUUGCGAAAACGAGUAAGGUUUGAGUCUAUGCCCCUUAUCAAGUCUGAACCGCAAUCUUUCCCAUGGAAAAGCGCCACUGGCCUUGAAUGUCCGGCCUGCUUAGGGGUCCCACAUACCCACCCCGUAGCAAAGCAAUUUGAAUAUUCGCGGAAGGACGCGCUACAAAGGCAUUUCAGGACCCAUCGUCUUCCGAAAACUUUUCCGAAGGGUCGCCAGUGCGAUAUCCCUAGCUGUUCCGAAGUGCUGUUCACGCUUCCACAGUACAUGCUGCACCAAGCGGAGUGCCACAAUAUUCUCCUUUAG